CCUCCAGACGGGUUCAAGCGGCAGCACUCUAAGAUGUAAACAAGGCCUCGCACUCCGACCGUGAAGAGGGUGAGGAGGUUCUCGCGCUCAACGCGGGUGGUGAUAGAGGAGAAAGCAGCCAAAGGAAGAGCGGGAGGCAUUUUAUUGGCCGACUAAAACUACCCCGAGGAGGGGGAGGGGCAGUGUGAGUGUUGGGCCAAGCUGGAGAAUGUCCUAAGCUAUGGGCUCCCGCAGCAGUAGCAACGCUGGCUCAGGGGGCCGGGAGAACCAAGGCAGCUGGUCUCGGAGGGACUCUGGCAUCCUGAGGAGCGAAGACGAGGACGAGGAUGUGGAUCUGGCCCAGGUACUGGCAUAUCUACUGCGCAGAGGACAAUUUCACCUCAUGCAGGGAGGGGGGACAGCCAGUGCCCGGGUGUUCCAGGCUGUUUCGGAUUCUGACGACGAUACUGACAGCGCUUGGGAAGGACGUUUAGGAGAUCAGUACAAACCCCCAGUGGAUUUGGCACCAGACACUCGGGGUCUGGAGCACCACGAGAUUAAAACACGCAUCCAGUUAGCAACAGGCCGACUCAGGCCAGGGCGACCCGACCGGAGCAUCCCAAAGCUACUGGGACAGAGGGAACGAGGUCUUUGCCAUAACAGCAGUUUCUCAGCAGGGGAAUGUUCGCAGAUCGUAUCACACUUCCUUCCUAAUCACCUGACCGUCAAGGACACCUAUUUGCAGAAAGCCUUCUGCGGCAUCUAUUCCCGUGAUGGACAACUUUUUAUGUCUGCUUGUCAAGACCAGCGAAUCCGCUUAUAUGACUGCGCCUAUGGAUCCUUCCGGAACUUCCGGACUGUCAAAGCCCGAGACGUCGGCUGGAGCGUGUUGGACGUAGCCUUCACUCCUGACAGGACCCACUUCCUCUACUCCAGCUGGUCAGACUACAUUCACAUCUGCAACAUCUACGGGGAGAGCGAGACCCAGACCGCCUUGGACUUGAGGCCCGACGAACGCCGUUUUGCCGUAUUUUCCCUGGCGGUCUCCUCGGAUGGGAGGGAGGUGCUCGGCGGGGCCAACUACGGCUGUGUGUACGUGUUUGACAUGGAGCAGAAUAAGCGGACGCUUAAGAUCGAGGCGCACGAGGACGACGUGAACGCCGUCGCUUUUGCAGACAACAGUUCCCACAUUGUCUUCUCGGGAGGCGAUGACGCCAUCUGCAAGGUGUGGGACCGGCGCACCAUGCGAGAGGACGACCCCCAGCCUGUGGGGAUCUUGGCAGGGCACCAGGAUGGUAUCACCUUCAUCGACAGCAAGGGAGACGCUCGGUACCUCAUCUCCAACUCCAAGGACCAGACCAUUAAGCUGUGGGACAUGCGCAAAUUCUCGGGCCAGGAGGGCCUCGAAGCAUCCCGGCUCGCUGUCACUCAGCAGAUCUGGGAUUAUCGCUGGCAACAGGUGCCCAAAAAAGCCCGACGUAAAUCAAAACUUCCAGGUGACACUUCUCUCAUGACCUACCGGGGCCACGGAGUCCUGCACACCCUAAUCCGCUGCCGGUUCUCCCCGCCUCACAGCACGGGACAGCAGUACAUUUACAGCGGCUGCUCCACGGGGCGGGUGGUAGUCUACGAUCUCCUGAGCGGCCUCAUUGUGAAGAAACUGGUCAAUCACCAAGCCUGCGUGCGGGAUGUGAGUUGGCAUCCGUACGAGGAGAAGAUUGUUAGUAGCUCAUGGGAUGGAAAUGUGUGUCUCUGGGAGUAUCACCAAGCAGAGUACAACGAAGACGAUCUCGGCGACCCCCAGCAGCUCCCAACAGCCUGAGAAAAGCACCCCCACACCAGUAGCCUCCCCCACCACCAGUUCUCCAGUUUGAGGCUCGUUCAGGGCUGAGAGCGAGGGGGUGUGUGGAAAUAUCAUCUUGCGUUGCCAAUCGUUUGGGGGGGGGGGGGUUGCCGCAGCGGGAAGACUUCCACCUUCUCAAAUGAACCGAUCUUCUGUCUCCGAAACCUCCGGUGUCAUCGGCUUGAGGACACAGAUAACCAUCCUGCCGGUUGGAUCCUAAGGACGGCUACAAAAAUCACACAGGGGAAAGAAGCGGCAAACAACGCAGCCGGGUAUCUUUUGUCUCUGCUGAGCUGCUUCUGAAUCCUUGCAGAUGAGCCUCCCACGGAUCCUGGUUGGAGGGGGGACGGGGGACGGCUGGCCCGGGAAUUGGGGGGCAGCGAAAUUCACAUCUGGCUGGAAAGCUUGAUGGGCCCUUGGAAGGAGACACCUCCUCCUUUUGGGGAUACGUAGAAUCAUGACGGGGAAUCACCCCAGCAGCCGGUUCUCCCCUGCAGACGGUCUCGGCAACGCGCCUCCAUAGUUUUCGGGGGCAACUUCUAAGACUUGGCCUCAGUCUGGAGCUUAUCAGGGAAUUGGGGGCGGCGGGGGGGGGGGGAAUAUAUAUCCACUUUUCCUCCAGAUCUGAGCAAUAGCGAGGCGACUUCCAAGCGAUGGAGAUCCCCCAAAGAUUCCUCGUGCGUUCCAAAGAUCCUCCGGUGGGGGUGGUUUGGUUGAAAUGGCUUCCCCCUCUUUUCUCAGAGGGAUUCUUGCAAGAUAUUUCUAGGUUGACAAUGAAAACAUUAGCGGCUUUUGGAGAUUUGUGGCUGGAGGGACAGUUUGAGCUUUCUUCCUAGCUGCCAAUCUCUUCCUCUUCACCCAGAUGGCGAAGGUGUGUCUUCUUCGCCUCGGCCCCGUCAUACUCGGUCAAACGCGCCCCAAAAUAGGGGGACCCCUUAUUUUGUCUCUUCUUGAGGGCCAGGCCUCCUUGGAAAGGUGGGGUGCCGUCUUUAGCUUUAAAAGAUGCCCCCAAUCUGACCCUGGCGUGGCUAACCUCGGCUCUCUUUCCCUCACACAUGGGGUCUCAUCUGCUUUGUAAAUAUUAACAGUGAGACUCUUGCAAAGAAGGGGCUUUUGGGGUACCCGAAGAGUGGGGUUCUUAAUAAAUAGAUGGAAGGGUUGAGUGAAAAGAGCUACGUGUUGCUUUUAAGCGUGUGAAAGCCAGGGGGGGGGGAGUUUUAGUUGGAGGAGGAGUCCACCCCUCCUCCUCACAAUCCUUCCCCAGGGUCCUGCCUUCUGGGGGGGGGGGAACAGGGGAGGGGGGUCCAUCCUGAGGCUCCCUUCCAAAUCUAGGUUUUAUAGAAGGGGGAGGGUCUUUCCCUUCCCCCCUUGUCUGUUUCAGGGGUGAUGCAAGCAGCUGUCUUCUUUCUGAAAUAAAAAGUGGUUGAAAUUUGAUUGGUUUUGGAUUUCUGCGCCGCUGAUCAAGGAGAGGUCCAACCCAGAACGUAAGGAGAAAUUUCCUGACCGUGAGAAUAAUUAACCUGUGGAACUGCUUACCACCAGAAGUCAUGGGUGCUCCACCCCUGGUGGUUUUUAAGAAGAGGUUGGGC